CUCAUCAUUCAUCCAUCUAAGGGAGUAUAACUUACUCUUUCAAAAAUCAACUAAAUGACAUCUUUUUAUGGUAGAUGUUUAGCGUUCUUGGUCGUCUAUCUCUUUGCGGCACAAUAUGUGAGCGUCUAUGCUGGUAGCUUUCACAAAGACGUUCAAAUACAUUGGGGUGAUGGCCGUGGAAAGAUUCUCGAUAAUACCGGCAAUCUUCUUUCUCUUUCGCUCGACAAAUUCUCUGGUUCCGGUUUCCAGUCCCACCAGGAGUUUCUUUAUGGCAAAGUUGAGGUUCAAAUGAAACUUGUACCUGGUAACUCUGCUGGAACUGUGACAACAUUCUAUCUGAAAUCUCCUGGAACUACGUGGGAUGAGAUAGAUUUUGAGUUCUUGGGUAACAUAAGUGGUCAUCCAUAUACUCUUCAUACAAAUGUUUACACGAAAGGCACAGGAGAUAAAGAACAACAGUUUCAUCUAUGGUUUGACCCAACUGUUCACUUUCACACUUAUUGCAUCGUAUGGAACCCCCAGCGGGUCAUUUUUACGAUAGAUGGUAUUCCGAUUAGAGAAUUCAAGAACUCUGAGUCUGUUGGAGUUCCAUUCCCAAAGCACCAACCAAUGAGGCUUUAUGCAAGCCUAUGGGAAGCUGAGCAUUGGGCCACAAGGGGAGGAUUAGAGAAAACAGACUGGUCAAAAGCUCCUUUCACAGCUUUCUACAGAAACUAUAAUGUGGAUGCAUGUGUAUGGGCUAAUGGGAAAUCAUCAUGCUCUGCGAAUUCCCCAUGGUUCACUCAAGUACUUGAUUUCAAAGGAAAGAAUAGAGUGAAAUGGGCACAAAGAAAGUACAUGGUCUACAACUAUUGCACCGAUAAAAAAAGGUUUCCUCAAGGUGCUCCUCCAGAGUGCAGUUAAACUACUGAUUGUUUGAUUUGCGAAUAAGUCAUGUGGCAUUGUUUUUGUAACCUAAAUGAUCUUAAUUUAUAAUUUUGUAAUAGAUAAGUAUUCGCGCUACACGAAUAUUACUUCUCUAUUAGUAAGUUUUUUUUUCUUCCUCUUUUUCAGUUGUUUCAUUUAUAUAUUAUUUGUAUGUGUGAUUUGCAUUUAAGUUAACUAUUUACUUGCUUCAAUUACCUUUUG